CUUCCCGUCUCUGGAAGGGGCUUAACGGAGAAUUUUCCUCCCUGCUGCACCUUGCACUUCCCCCCGGACCAUAUCGCAGUCAGCUUCAAAACCUUGAAAUUGGGAAACGUUCGAUCAGCUCCGUGAGCGUGCAGUGUUUUGAUGUACUACCGACUAGUAAUCCGAAGGUGAAAUUGAAAGGAUUUUUUCCUGGUGUUUAUUUUUCCGUUGAUUACAGAGCAUUUGCUCUGGCCAUUUGCGACGGGACCCCAUGUUUACAUCAUCAGUAUGAACAUGUCCCGCGUUCAGUUUGUCGUCUCCAUCCCAUCGACCGCCGAAGAACGGCGAAUUAUCGACCAGCGGGAAAUUCGAGCUGCAAGCAUCAACGAAAAGGGAAAUGAUAAUCUGGCUUAUCAGGAAAACGACAAAACAGUUAAAACAACGCCGAUAACAAUGGAACAAAUAUUAACUAAAAUCAUAUCGGAGCUGAACGUGGCUAAUCCGAUCUGGAUCACUGAUAAAAGUUUAAGGUAUAAACAGGUAUCGUUUUUCGUUUGCUCCGGCGAAGACUACAACACGGUACUAAAGGUUUUGUCGGACAAUGAAAUCGGUGCGAAAAAAAACUCGUGCGUUAGCAUACUACCGUGUUCGCUCUUUUAUCAAAAGGACGGGACGAUCCGCUCUCCGAAAGGGAAGAACGUUUUGUCAUCGAAAUCGAAAUAUGAUAUCGCAAACGAUACAGCUUGGGAUAAAUUUGUCCAGUCGGUCCAGCCCAGGAUAAUAGUCUCGCAGGUCCUGGAAUCUGUCCACUACAAGGCGACCCUAACUUUUGAUUAUUUAGUUCUACUACUAAUUGCUGCGCUAACAGCUGCUUUAGGACUGGUCGAGGAUAGUACGGUCAUUUUAGUGGCAAGCAUGCUCAUCUCUCCGAUGAUGGGCCCUGUAAUUGCAGGGAUGUUCGGUACGGUCAUACCGGAUAAAAAACUUCAAAAGAUUGGCGUCUUAAACGGCUUGUUGAGCCUCCUUCUGUGCGUCUUCAUAGGAUUUCUGUUUGGCGUUUGCGUCGACCUUUUGGAAACCCACCAGGACGACAUUUGGCCUACGACAGAGAUGACCACAAGAGGAGAGCUGAGAGCACUUUGGGUCGGUACUAUGAUAGCCGUUUUGUCUGGCGGUGCGAUCGCAUUGGCGAUCCUCAGUGACAACACGGAAUCUGUGAUCGGAGUCGCGAUAUCUGCAGCGCUGCUACCUCCCGCAGUCAACGCCGGUCUGUUUUGGGCAUUGGCAGUCGUCAACCAGUUUUACCACAAAUCCGUGUCGUUCGAAACGCACGAGAUCCUUUGGUCUCCUCAUCCGACGACGGAGUUCAUCACGUUAGGUGCGAUAAGCAUCUGCCUAACCUUGCUCAAUAUAAUAUUCAUAUUUAUCACUGGAAUCAUCAUACUGAAGGUGAAAGAUGUGACGCCGAAAGAGGAAAACAAUGUGCCAUGGAAUCCGAUACAAAUGGUAAGGGAGUACAAACCACUGACGGACGAAGAAGCUCAUACGAUCACGGAAAAAUUUGGAGACAGCUUUGCUAAAGAUGAUCUCCCCGUGGGUAUUCUUAGACGUUUGAGCCAUUACGGUAUUUUCAACGAGUUAACCCGGUCCCACCUGCACACCUGGUCGCCUGGCAUGGGGAACAUGAAACAACGCCCGUCGCUCAAGGAAAUCACUGUACAGCUGUCGGCGCAGUUGCCUCCUGACGGUCAACCACCUUGGAGUCCAGAUACGACUUUACAAAUUCAACACUCUUUAUCGCCCGCCUCGACAGUUCAGGAGGAGUUGCAAGACUUGCAGAAUUUGGAUGAUGGAAAAGCUGUAAGACGUUUCACGGUGUCACCAACUCCGCCUCCGUACCAAUGAAAUUAGUACUUAUCCAGUUAAUUAUGAGUUUUAAUUUAUCAAAAAUGAAUAUCAUUACGUUUUUAAUAUCAUUAAAUAUUAGUUUAAAAAAAUUUGUAACGUUUUCUAUUGAUUAAUAACACUUUCCAUUAAUUAGAUUAUCCAACAUGUAAUACUGUGUAUUCAUAAUAGAUUAUUUGUCUUUUAUGUGCAAUAAAUUGUAACACUUUUA